UUAGUAGAAAAAAAACCGUUGAACGAGUUGGACGCGUUAUCUGUGCGAGGCUAUGUCGGUCGGUGUUUUCCGUCUCUUGUCGGUGAAAAAUAAGAAUUAAACUCAAAACUAAAGUGCAAAAAUAUUGAAUGAAAAUCGUAUCUGUAGUGCAAAUUGCAGUUGAAUUCAAAGGAAGCUAGCGCAAAGUAACGCGUAAGUUUUUUAAUCCAGUAACGACCGUGAAACAAAACAACAAAACGCGACGCUGGCGGCAACUGCAUUUUAUAGCUGUAACUGUAAAAACGCGCGGCUAAGCCGCUGGCUAUUCAAUAAAAAAUAUUCCAGCUAAUUUAAAUUAAAGGUGGAGCAGGCUUGAACAAUGUGCAGACAGUUGCUGGCUGAGCUCGCUGGCAGGACAACAAACGCAAGGAUAAUCAACAGCAACAACGCACAGCAACAACAACAACAGCAGCAGCAAGAAGAAGAAAAGGAACAACAUUAGCAGCAAGAGGAAAACAACAACUUUUUUACAUAAACAAAAUGAAUAUUUGAAAACGCUUAAAAGCAAAACAAGGCAAUGCCCUCCAUGCAACUCUUGAUGCAAGCAGCUUAAAAGGCCACUUCAUACACACACACACACACACACUCACACACAUACAUUCACUCACUCACACUCACACACAACUUGACUGAUAGUUUAAACUACAAAAUACAACAAGAGAAGCAGCAGCAGCAGCAGCAGCGGAACAAACAAAACGUUUUUAAUUUGUAUUAAGUAAAUAUUGCAACUCGUGAUAUGCCAAAUAUGCGUUGCCGCUGCAGCUGCUGCUAAUUUCAAAUCGCAACAACAACAACAACAGCAGCAGCAGCAACAACAACAACAACAACAACUACCCUUCACAUUUAGCUGCCACAGCCUGCUGCAACAUGGGCAACAAAUGCUGCAGCAAGCGACAGGAUCAGGAGCUGGCGCUGGCCUAUCCGACGGGCGGCUACAAGAAAUCCGACUACACCUUCGGCCAGACGCACAUCAACAGCAACAGCAGCGUCGGCGCCGGCGUUGUUGCCGCCCUUGGCCAGAAGCACAACAAUGGCGGCUCAUUGGACUCACGCUAUACGCCCGAUCCGAAUCGCGGUCCGCUCAAAAUUGGCGCCAAGAGCGGCGUGGACAUCAUACGAACGCGCACCACACCAACAGCCGGCGUGCCUGGUGGCCUGCCCAAGCGACGCGUCGUUGUCGCCCUCUACGAUUACAAAUCGCGCGAUGAAUCCGACUUGAGCUUUACGAAGGGCGACCGCAUGGAGGUCGUCGAUGACACCGAAUCGGAUUGGUGGCGCGUCGUUAAUCUGACCACACGCCAGCAGGGCCUGAUACCGCUCAACUUCGUUGCCGAGGAGCGCAGCGUCAACAGCGAGGACUGGUUCUUUGAGAAUGUGCUACGCAAGGAGGCGGACAAGCUGCUGCUGGCCGAAGAGAAUCCGCGCGGCACUUUUCUGGUGCGUCCCUCGGAGCACAAUCCCAACGGCUAUUCGCUGUCCGUCAAGGACUGGGAGGACGGACGCGGCUACCACGUGAAGCACUAUCGCAUCAAGCCUCUGGACAAUGGCGGCUUCUACAUAGCCACAAAUCAAACCUUUGCCUCGCUUCAGGCCCUGGUCAUGGCCUACAGCAAAAACGCGCUCGGCCUGUGUCACAUACUGUCGCGUCCCUGCCCCAAGCCGCAGCCACAGAUGUGGGAUCUGGGCCCGGAGCUGCGCGACAAAUAUGAAAUACCGCGCUCUGAGAUUCAGCUGCUGCGCAAACUGGGACGCGGCAACUUCGGCGAGGUCUUCUACGGCAAGUGGCGCAACAGCAUCGAUGUGGCGGUCAAAACGCUGCGCGAGGGCACAAUGUCCACGGCCGCGUUCCUCCAAGAGGCGGCCAUCAUGAAGAAGUUUCGACACAAUCGCCUCGUGGCACUCUAUGCCGUCUGCUCACAGGAGGAGCCCAUUUAUAUUGUGCAGGAGUACAUGUCGAAUGGCAGCCUUUUGGACUUUUUGCGCGAGGGCGAAGGACGUUAUUUGCACUUUGAGGAUCUCAUCUAUAUUGCCACACAGGUUGCCAGCGGCAUGGAGUAUCUGGAGUCGAAGCUGCUCAUCCAUCGCGAUUUGGCGGCGCGCAAUGUGCUCAUCGGCGAGAAUAAUGUGGCAAAGAUUUGUGAUUUCGGUUUGGCGCGCGUCAUUGCCGACGAUGAGUAUUGUCCCAAGCAGGGCUCUCGUUUCCCCGUCAAAUGGACAGCGCCCGAGGCGAUCAUCUAUGGCAAGUUUAGCAUCAAAUCGGAUGUCUGGUCAUAUGGCAUUUUGCUGAUGGAGCUCUUUACGUACGGACAAGUGCCCUAUCCGGGCAUGCAUAGUCGGGAAGUGAUUGAGAAUAUCGAGCGCGGUUUUCGCAUGCCAAAGCCAACAAUUCAUUAUUUCCCCGACAAUAUCUAUCAUCUGCUGCUCCAAUGCUGGGAUGCAGUGCCCGAGAAGCGGCCCACUUUUGAGUUCUUGAAUCAUUACUUUGAGUCGUUCUCGGUGACGUCGGAGGUGCCGUAUCGGGAGGUUCAGGAUUAAAGAGGCAGAGGAGAAGGAGGAGUCGUCACAUCACCCACACACACAAUACAAAACACAACACAACAUCUAUAAAUAUAUAUAUUUAUAACGUUAUCUAUAUGUAACGUGUAAACAUUUAUACAUAUUUACUAUAAUUCUUAAGACUUUUAAAUGGCAAGGCAUACAACAACAGCAACAAAAACAACAACAACAGUAACAAGUAUAACAUUAACAUAAACUCUAUAUAUGUAUAUGUAUAUGUGUAUAAGCGUAUAUAUAUAUAUAUCUAAUGAAAUUGAUGAUGAUGAAAAUGCAACAUUUUAUAUUUUACACGCGAAAACUAUUUUAUAAUUUAUAUACCUACUUGUAUGUACUAUUGAAAUAGCAAGUAUUUAACUAGUUUUGUAAGCUUACCAAAAAAAAGAAAAACGAAAACCCAAUAAGAACAAGAAACAAAACGUUUAUGUAACGCAUAUGGCAAUUUUCUAAGCAAACUUUACAAGAAAAAAAAAACAACAAUUUAAAUGCUACUUUAAUCGGUGCUUCGAUUCGCAUCCAAUUAUCUAAC